UCAAAAUUUUAUGUACUAAAAUUGUUUUAGAAAAAAAUUAGCCUCAUUUUAUUGCAUGAUGUCUAAUAAGAGUGUGAAGAGAAGGGAAGGACUCAAGCCUGCAAAUGAUUCUUCAACAUCUGGCAAAGAAAAAGUAAAUGCUAUGGCUCUUAAUUCUAAAGAAACCAACAUUGUUGUCCUGCCCUCAGUGUCUGAAAUAAAUACUAAUAAUGAUGAAUCCUGUAUUGAAAAUUUUAAGAGUGAUAAAAAAUGUUGUUGUGUGAAAGUGAGCACUGUUUCCAUUGGUACUCAAACGUGUGCUGUCACUCAAAGUGAACCUGAAGAACAUUUAAAUGUCUCCUUAGAUGUUUCUAUAAGAGCAAACAACCUGGUAGAGAAACUUAUGAAAAUUGUUGAUGAUGAUGAAAAUAAUGGUGCUGACAAUGAUGCUGCUAGUAAACCAAUUAAGCAAUUGACUGAGAAUGAGCAGGCUGAACUCACACCUCAAUGCCCCUCCAACAGUCUCUCUGCAACCUUGAUGCAUCAUCAGCCUUGUGAAUUGAGUGGUAAUAUGAGUUUGGAGAAUGGCCUUCCAGAAGCUAUCACAGCAGUUCACACUGAAUCGCAUGAAGCAACUAGUGCUAAUACAGAAGAGAUUCAUAUUGAUGAGUCUUGGCUGCAAGAACUUGAUUCUAUUGCAUCAGUGGAUGAAAUUUGUACCUCUGCUAAUAAAUCUGAAAAUUUAAUACUUGAUUCAUCAGUAGUGCCUACUAAGCUUGUGCCAAAAUGUAAGGUAUCUGUAAUGGUAUCAAAACCUCUUAGAAACGUGUGUGAUAUUAGCAAUGGAGUGAGUGUGGAAAAACAGCCUCAUUGUAAAGAAGGAUUUAUGAAUAAGAGGAAAGCUGGAAGACCUUCUCUUGCUUCGGAGAAAGUUCUUCUGGAAAAGUCUCACAAUGACAAAAUGACCAUGUUUGUUGAUCCUAAAGCUAAACUAGUUGAUAACCAUGUUGAGGGCUCAAAAGUUGCUAAUGUAAACAAACAGCCAACUAUAAAAAACAAAAAGAAUAAACAAUCAUUCUCUAAUUCCAAAAAUUCAUCAAAUGAUGUGUCAAAUUCUACUGCCAUUAGCCAUGAAUCAACCAAUACCUCAUCAGAGUUAAGUUCAUUAAAUAUUAAAAAGAUGAAGCAUUCCAAUAAACUUCCACUUGCUAAGCUGAGCGAGUCUCCAUUAGGUUUGGAAGCAGAAGUUUCUGCUAUAAAUGAGAAUGACUCACAAGAAUAUGAUAUAUUGACAAGUAAUGAGAUGCUGCCUAAGAUUAAUCACUGUGAAACUGCUACUGUACUCUCAUCACUUGAAAAUAUAAAUGUAGAUACUGACUCGUCUAAUGUGAAGGAUCAGACAAUGAGCCUGCAAAUAGAAACUGAUCAGAAAAGUGUCUCAGGUCACAAACUUUCAGAUGCGACCAAUGAAAUAAUGAAUCGUAAAUUAGACAAAUUAUCAAAUUCCUCAUCCAAAAGUAUGGACUGCACAGAAUCAACUAAGACUGUUGAUUUGGACCAUAGUAGCAUUGACACUGUUGAACUGAAUCUUGGUGCAUCCACUUCUAAUAAGAGGGUAAUAAAAAAGAAAAAUUGUGGAACCUCAUCCAAAAAAAGGAAAUUGGAGGAUACUUUCAUGGCUCUUCCUGCCUUAGCAACGUAUCCAAGCCUGGGUCCCGGGCCCUCAGCCGUGCCCAAAACAGGGCGGAAGUAUGUCGGGGCCCACAUCUCGGCUGCUGGAGGGAUCCACAAUGUUUUCAACAACGCACGUGCUAUCAACGCUAAAAGUUUUGCAAUGUUUAUGCGUAGCCAGAGACAGUGGAUAGCUAAACCUUUUACUGACGAUCACGUCGUUCGCUACAAGGAGCAAAGCAAAAGUUUUGCCAGCCACCUGAUUCUGCCGCACGGUUCUUAUCUCAUGAACGUGGGCUCGAGUAAGCCAGACCUGCUGCAGAAGAGCCGUGAUCUGCUGGUGGAGGAGCUGGGUCGCUGCCAUCAGCUCGGUAUACCGCACUUCAACUUCCAUCCUGGCUCGUGUGUUGGUGGCUCAAGUCGAGCGGACUGUUGCCGCACCAUCGCAGAGAGCAUCAACAUUGCUCACUCUAAAGUGCCCGAUGUUAUCGUCGUGCUCGAGAACAUGUGCAAGCAGGGCAACACCAUUGGCGGGGAUUUUCACGAAUUGCGCCUCAUCAUCGAGCUCGUGGACGAUCGUACACGCGUGGGCGUCUGUCUGGACACCUGCCACGCUCACAACGCUGGCUAUGAUUUGUCCACAGAAGACGGGUUCAAUUCAAUGAUAAGCGAUUUUGAGAAAAUCAUCGGGUUCCAAUUCCUUCGUGGCUUGCACAUCAAUGACUCAAAAAACGAGGCUGGUGCUCACGUGGACCGUCACGAGUGCAUAGGCAAAGGCCACAUCGGCAUCGAGGGAAUGAAACGCAUCAUGAACUGCGACUUAUUCAACGACCUGCCUCUCGUCCUAGAAACGCCUUACACAGACGACGCUGGGUAUGCCAAGGAAAUUCUCAUGCUGGAAGGCCUAAUCAACUCCAACAAUUGUGAAGUCAAGCCCACUGCAGUCAAAGGAAAGCGAGGUCGGAAAAAGAAAGAGGUUCAAAAAGUCAAAGAGGAAAACCUCAUGGAAGUAAAUGUGCCAAAAGGGAAAAGGAAGAGAAGCAGUAUCGAUGAAACCAAGGAAUUGCGGCAAAAAAAAUCGGAGUCGUGUGAGAAUAAUGCAAAAAACCCAGUCAAGCAGGAGCCAGUUGAAGUUUCGGAGGCAAAAUCUACCGCUCAGCGGGGCAAGAAAAGAAAAUUCACCAAGGCAAAUUAAGUAGUUCUCCAUCAUCUCAGCUCCAUUGUUCAGGUGAAACAGUUGACUGGCAAAGGAGUCAUUUUAUUUGAUUUUUUGUUCUGUUGAGUAAUAGUGUGCCAAAUUCUUAAUUUUACGUUGGUAUUGCCAAGACGAACUCAGUUUCGAGUUCAGAAGUAAUAACUCACUAUGCGCUCUAAAGGAUUUUAUUUGAAAUGCUCGUGGCUAAGUACUUUUAAUUCACUGAUUUUUCUGUGACAGAAACUAAGCUCUAUGAGGACAUUAUUUUCAACAUUUGCCUUCAUAAAACGAAUUCCUGAUGGACCGUAUUUAUUUUGUAUUCGAACAGUAUUGAAAUUUUUCACUUUCCAAAUUAGGUCAGACAAGGAAACGUUCAAAAAAUAAUGCCUAUCGUAAGCAUUCCUUUCAACUUUUUUUGUAUGGGAUGGAAUAUUGUUAGUAAAUUCUCCAUCAGU